AUGGGAGGAAGAUGGAUUCUCUUUGGCAUAUUCUGCUCCAGUUUCAUCCCUUUUCAUGUCAGUGCUGCUAAAGCUGCUUGCCAUGACCCUAUGUUUGGGAGUUGCUAUGGCAUCUCUCAUAAUUGCCCAGCUGGUUGUCCUAGUCUGUGUGAGGUAGAUUGCAGACUCUGCAAGCCUUAUUGUGAUUGUGACAAGCCAGGAGCAGUGUGUCAGGAUCCAAGAUUUAUCGGUGGUGACGGGAUCAUGUUCUACUUUCAUGGCAGAAAGGACAAGGAUUUCUGUUUGGUGUCUGAUUCUCAGAUUCACAUAAAUGCUCAUUUCAUCGGCAAGAGAAGCAAGAAAGGAAGAGAUUUCACUUGGGUUCAGUCCGUUGGUAUCUUGUUUGGGCACCAUCAGUUCUAUGUAGGUGCGCAGAAAGUAGCCCAGUGGCAGGAAUAUGCUGAGAACAUGUUGAUUCAGUUGGAUGGAGAAGAGGUCAUGGUACCAGCUUCUGAGGACAAAACAUGGAGGUCACCAGAAACAGGGCUGACAAUCCAACGGUUACCUGAGACUAACAAGAAGUUGAAAGUGAAAGUGGAAGGGUUGUUUGAAAUCACAGCACGCGUAGUUCCAAUUACUCCAGAGGAAUCAAGAGUGCAUGGUUAUGAUGUAACCGAAGAGGAUUGCUUUGCACAUCUGGAGCUGAAUUUCAGGUUCGAGUCACUGAGCAAGAUGGUGGAUGGAGUUUUGGGACAAACCUACAGACCAAGUUAUCAAAGUAGAGUUAAAAUGGCAUCCGCCAUGCCUAUCAUGGGAGGGGCAGAGAAAUUUGCCUCUUCUCAUCUGUUCGCUACCGAUUGUGUGGUCUCAAAAUUCGGGGUGAAAAAAGAGGCAGGUGGAGAUGCAGGGUCAUUGAGUGUAGAAUGUGGAAGUGGUUAUGGGGGGAAGGGAAUUGUGUGCAGAAGGUAA